AUGCUGUUCCUUAAGCAGCAUUCGUCUUGCCUCUCUCUCUCUCUCUCCUUCUCCCAUCUGCUUAGCAAAUGGGCACAUUUGACGCAACGCAACAGUCGUUUUGAAGUCAAUCUACGCAGUUGGUUAGACAAGUCGCGGCGCAGCGGUAACCAUGCUUUCUCUUCUGCAAUUCCGCUCUUUUUGGUGCUGCCGGUACGGCUACUGAAACAGCCCUCGCUGCAGUCACAUUGA